UUACAAUCACAAUCAACCAAACACCGAUUAGUUCAAGGACAGAUCGAAAUUUUGAAAAACUACUCAAAUACUACAGGCCAAUCGGAAUACUAUCAUGGACAAAGGAAAGGGGAAAGAAAUCGGAAAACAGCCCGAGAUUGCUGCGAACGGUGCAUCCAAACCUGCUUCAAAGGAACACCUCCCAUGGGUAGAAAAGUACCGACCAAGCACGUUGGACGAUGUGGUGUCUCACCAAGAUAUCAUCCAGACUAUUCAAAAAUUCAUUUCCGCCAAUCAACUUCCUCACCUCUUGUUCUAUGGGCCCCCUGGGACCGGGAAAACGUCCACGAUCUUGGCCGUCGCCCGGCAACUAUUCCAGACUCCAAUGAGUUUCAAAAAUAACAUCCUUGAAUUAAACGCCAGUGAUGAUCGUGGAAUCGAUGUUGUAAGGGAACAGAUCAAGAACUUCGCAAGUGCCCGAAUGGUGUUCAGUUCGGGAUUCAAAUUGAUCAUCCUUGACGAAGCAGACCAAAUGACACAAGCGGCUCAAUCCGCGCUCCGCAGAGUGAUCGAACAAUACACUAAGAAUGUCAGAUUCUGUAUUAUCUGUAAUUACGUCAACCGGAUCAAUCCCGCCAUUCAAUCCAGAUGUACCAGGUUCAGAUUCGGACCCCUCGAUCAUCCCGAGAUCGAGCGCAGGAUUGCUCAUGUAGCUGAUGCGGAGAGCGUCAAGAUCUCAGACGAUGGACGCAAGGCUUUACUGAAUCUCUGCAAGGGCGAUAUGCGUCGUGUCCUCAACGUCAUGCAGGCUUGUCAUUCGGGAUAUGGGAAAGUUGACGAGGAUGCAGUCUAUGAAUGCACCGGAAGUCCGCAUCCCAAACAAAUCGAAAAAAUUGUCGAAAGCAUGAUGAACGAUGAAUUCCAAACCAGUUUUAAACGCAUACAAGACAUCAAGAUCAACUAUGGGCUAGCUCUUCAAGAUAUAAUCUCGGGUAUAUACGACUAUUUACGGACGAUAGUCUUUGAGAAAAACGCCCAAAUUUAUAUCCUUGAUCAACUGUCGCAAAUCGAACAUCGAUUGUCCACGGGAGCGACUGAAAAGAUCCAGCUGUCGAGCUUAUUGGGGAGCUUCAGGAUAGCAGUGGAAAUCACUUCCAGAUCUCAAACCGCUUGACAUGUAAAAAUGUGUGGAGCGCUCCAUGUGUGCUUCAUGCAUCUAAUCAAUCUUUGAAAUCCAACAUGUAAUUAAAAGGUCUUUUUAACUUUG